AGGCUUCACCCCGCCGCUCUGCGCAUGUGUGACGCGACUGCGCACUAAUUGGGCUACAAGAUGGCGGCGUCCGCAGUUUGCCGUGCAGCGGGCACCGGGGCACAAACUCUUCUGCGCGCUCGCCGCUCGCCGGCAGUGCUGAGGGCGCUUGCCUUACGGGGUGCCGCAACCUUCGCCCAGGCCCUCCAGAGUGUGCCAGAGACACAGGUCAGCGUAUUGGACAAUGGGCUGCGAGUGGCCUCGGAGCAGUCCUCCCAACCUACCUGCACGGUGGGGGUAUGGAUUGAUGCUGGCAGUCGUUAUGAGACUGAAAAGAACAAUGGAGCAGGCUACUUUGUGGAGCAUCUAGCUUUCAAGGGAACAAAGAAUCGGCCUAGCAAUGCCCUGGAGAAGGAGGUGGAGAACAUGGGGGCCCAUCUGAAUGCCUAUAGCACUCGGGAGCACACAGCUUACUACAUCAAGGCACUGUCCAGUGACCUGCCGAAAGUCGUGGAGCUACUGGCUGACAUUGUGCAGAACUGCAGCCUGGAAGACUCCCAGAUUGAAAAGGAACGAGACGUGAUCCUGCGGGAAAUGCAGGAGAAUGAUGCAUCUUUGCGGGAUGUGGUCUUUGACUACUUGCAUGCAACAGCGUUCCAAGGCACACCUUUAGCCCAGGCUGUGGAAGGGCCCAGUGAGAAUGUCAGGAAAUUGUCUCGUGCAGACUUGACUGAGUAUCUAAGCAGGCAUUACAAGGCCCCUCGCAUGGUGCUGGCAGCAGCAGGAGGAGUGGAGCAUCGUCAACUGCUAGACCUCGCCCAGAAGCACUUCAGCAGCGUCUCUGCGACAUACCCAGAUGACACCGUGCCUACUCUAAGUCCGUGCCGCUUCACUGGAAGCGAGAUUCGCCACCGUGAUGAUGCCCUGCCCUUGGCCCAUGUGGCCAUUGCAGUAGAGGGACCUGGUUGGUCCAACCCAGACAAUGUGGCCCUCCAAGUGGCCAAUGCCAUAAUUGGCCAUUAUGACUGCACUUACGGUGGUGGCGUGCACCUGUCCAGCCCACUGGCUUCAGUUGCUGUGGCCAACAAGCUGUGCCAGAGUUUCCAGACCUUCAAUAUCUGCUAUGCAGAGACUGGGUUGUUGGGUGCACACUUCGUCUGUGACCGUAUGAGCAUCGAUGACAUGAUAUUCUUCCUGCAGGGCCAGUGGAUGCGCCUGUGUACCAGUGCCACGGAAAGUGAGGUUACUCGGGGCAAAAACAUCCUAAGAAAUGCCCUGGUAUCUCAUCUGGAUGGCACCACUCCUGUGUGUGAGGAUAUUGGACGCAGCCUCCUGACAUAUGGCCGCCGCAUCCCCCUGGCUGAGUGGGAGAGCCGGAUUGCGGAGGUGGAUGCCCAUGUGGUGCGUGAGGUCUGCUCCAAGUAUUUCUAUGACCAGUGUCCAGCAGUGGCUGGAAUGGGCCCAAUCGAGCAGCUCCCUGACUACAACCGGAUCCGUAGUGGCAUGUUCUGGCUGCGCUUCUAGGCAAGAUGCCUGUGCAGGCAAGAGGGUAGGAUCGGGGCUCAUGAUCCCCCUCUACAAACAUGCCACUCUGGCACCUCAAACCCAUGCAAUAGAUACCACCAAUAAAGUCCUCUGUUGAGAA